AAUAACGUAUGGUCUAAAACUGUGUGCAUUAAUAUUCUAGUGUCAUUACAAGAAACAGUACCACGAGUCACUGGUGGUCACGAAGCAACUCCGUACAGUCAUCCUUAUAUGGUGUCCCUGCAGAAAAGGUUGCUCUGGUUCCGACUUCAUAUUUGUGGUGGAUCGAUAAUUAGCAAGAAUAGGAUAUUAACCGCGGCACAUUGUGUAUCGGAUUCAUUUGUAAUGAAAUGGUUACCUUUGGAUGCAAUAGCAGGAAUUCAUAAUAACUAUUACUUCGGACGACAAGCUCAAAUAAGGACAAUAUUUAAAAAAUAUCCACAUCCUGAUUAUAACGGGUAUUCCAUUUUAAUACAAAACUGUUGUAAGCGAAAUGAUAAUAGAAAUGUUUUUUUUAUAUUCACCGGGCGAGCCAGGCCAAUUCGUGCGAAAAUGUUAAAGCGGGCUCUACUACUGUUAAAAUGUGUAAAGAUUGAGACAUUUUUUUGCAGGGGUAUUGGAUCCCAUGAUAUCGCAGUUCUUUACACGUUCUCGCCGUUUAAAUUUACACGAGAAUUACAACCGAUUAGUUUACCUAACGAUUUGAAACUCGAUCAACAAUUAUUAACUAUAUCGGGCUGGGGUCUUCUCAGUACAAGUAUGUUUAUGUUAGAUUUUCCUGAAAAGUUACAAGAAAUUGAAGUUACAUAUCUCCCUUACGAAGAUUGCUAUGAAGCUAUAGAAGGCGUUAAAGACGAAGAUGAAAUAAAUCCUUUAAAUGCUGAGACCCAUAUCUGUACAGGACCAAUCACUGGCGGAGUAGCCGCUUGCAGUGGAGAUUCCGGAGGACCUUUAGUUUUACAUAUUGUUAAAGAUUCUAAUGCAACAAAAGAAAAUGAUAGCAAUGAAGGUGUGACUGUUGAAGAUUACUAUAAUUCGACAGUUGUAUUACUGGGAAUUGUUUCUUGGGGCUUGACACCAUGCGGUGAAGAAGGUGCACCAACGAUUCAUACGAAAGUAUCCUCUUAUCUUGAUUUUAUAAACCAGCAUUUGCGUAAAUAAUAUAUUCCAGAAGUUAAGGUUAUGUAAAAUUAUUUU